AUGGUGUUCCACUUUUCCUUGCAGAAUCUUCUAUCAAACGUCGGAGCCUCUGUUGCCACUUGCUCUCAACCGCCCAAUGGCCUUACUUUGUCAACUAGAUCUGGCACCUCCGCCCCUGCUGCUUCUUCUGUUUCAUCUACCGCUUUAUUAUCUGACCCUCCUAACUCGCUUUCCAUAACUUCAUUUCCUGCCUCCGUGACCAUCAAUAAUAUGGGUGUUUCCUCAUCGACUGGUCAAUUAUCACUUCCAGGUUUUUAUGCCGGCACUUUCACCCCAGUCGAUGUCACUUCAUCAGUUACCGUUCCGACUCAUUCAGUGAUAACAUCAGCACCUACUACGCUACCCCCAACAACGGUGACGUCCUCAGCCGUAAUGGCGCAGGUCCAUUCUCAGCAGCCAAUCACUUACGCUAGUAUGGCUGCAGCAGCUAUGCAGCAACAUCAAUUGCAACUCAGUCAGCACCAACAAUCUAGUAACAAUCUACAGAGUCAAAUAGGUUUCGUCCAGCAGGCCGGCCAUCAGCAAAAGGUUAGGUGCUGGUUACGGUGA